GGGCGAGCGAGCCAGGUCUUGGCCGGACAUGCUGCGAGGGCUGGCGGCAGCGCGGAGGGUCCUGCUACCCGUGAGGCGCCCGGGGAGCGGCGGCCCGGGGGCACGAUGGAGUCCGCCCUCUCGCGGGAGCCGCUGGCGGCUGGGCGUGGGGCUCGGGCUGGCCCUGACGGCGGCGGCGGCGGUGGCGGCUGUGGGGAACGACGAAGAGCGGGAGGGCCCUCCGCCCGGUAAGGGCUUCGCCCGGGCCGUGGCCAACAGCAGGGACCUUCUCCAGCGGCUGAAGGAUGAAGUGGGAGCUCCUGGAAUAGUAGCUGGAGUUUCUGUAGAUGGCAAAGAAAUUUGGUUAGAAGGAAUGGGUUAUGCUGACGUGGAGAACCGUGUGCUCUGCAAGCCAGAGACCGUCCUGCGAAUUGCAAGCAUUAGCAAACCUCUGACUAUGGUUGCUGUUGCAAAGUUGUGGGAGGAAGGAAAGCUGGAUUUAGAUGCUCCAGUGCAGAAGUAUGUUCCAGAAUUUCCUGAAAAAGAAUAUGAAGGUGAAAAGGUCACCAUUACAACAAGACUGCUCACUUCACAGUUAAGUGGGAUUCGCCAUUAUGAGAAAGAUAUUUCCAAAGUAAAGGAAGAGAAGGAAAAGGCCAACAGAACCCUGAAGGCUGCAAAAGAUACCAUAACAUCUGACAGAGAGAAAGAAGACAAAGUCUCUGAAAAGACUGUCUUUGCUAAAGCCAAGCCAGAACACGAAGGCAAACAUUCCAAAAGUGAAAAGAAAAAAGCAGAGUUUGAACAUCAAGAAUAUUAUUUGAAAGAAAAAUUUGAUAAUGUGAUUGAUUCACUGAACUUAUUUAAAAACGAUCCUUUGUUCUUUAAACCAGGUAGCCAGUUUUUGUAUUCAACUCAUGGAUUUACUCUUCUGAGUGCUGUUGUGGAGAGAGCCUCGGGUCAGAAAUUCACAGACUACAUGCUGAAAAUAUUUAGUGACCUGGAUAUGUUGGCAACAGGACUGGAUGAUAAUGAGCCCCUUAUAUACAACAGAGCGAGGAACUACAUUCACAACAAAAAAGGCCGCCUGGUCAAUGCACCCUAUGUGGACAACUCCUACAAGUGGGCUGGUGGCGGCUUCCUCUCCACAGUGAGCGACCUUCUUAAAUUUGGCAAUGCUAUGCUGUAUGGCUAUCAACUUGGACAGCUGGAAAACCUCGCUGCUGGACUCCUUCCUGGCUAUCUCAAACCUGGCACCGUAGCAAUGAUGUGGAGGGCAGUUCCAAAUGCAAAAGCAUCUGGGGACAAAGAUGUUAAAUAUGGGAUGGCAUGGUUUGUGGUGGAGAAUAAGCAGGAAUAUGGCUUCUGCAGGCGGCAGCGACACUAUGCCUUCCACACGGGUGGGGCAGUGGGUGCAAGCAGCGUCCUGCUCAUUCUUCCUGAAGAGCCAGACUCUGAAGCUUCAAACAGUGGCCCACUGGUGCCACCCAAGGGUGUGGUGGUCACAAUUAUUUGUAAUAUGCAGUCUGUUUCCCUUAACAGCACUGCCUUAAAGAUUGCAAUGGAAUUUGAACAGGAUAAGUUGGCACAGUACACUGUUAAAAGCAGCUCCUUACAGGAUUAAACAAAGAAAUGUGGAAAUCUAUAUAUGCUGACAAGUGUCCAUAGCACUGAAAGCCUCAUAUUGCAAAGGCAUGUCCCCAUCUAUGUUGGUUGUGCUGCAUUCAAACUCGCUACUCAGGGAAGCAGCCAUGUGGUUCAAGCAAAAUCUCGUUAAAGGUGUUUCUCGGGUGCAAGUUGCCAAAAGUGUGAGCAGUGGUAACUUUUGCCACCUAAAGCCAAAUCUAGUUGCCAGUCACAUCAUUUCACUUCUUCAUUCUCUGAUCCUAAUUGAGAAAUUGACUUUUAACUUUCAACAUUGUGAUAUACCAGCCAAACAUCCCGAUCUGACGAUACACCAUGAUGUUGAAAGAGAAGGAGGAACAAGCUGCAUUGUCCAGGAGCUGAGGCCAAUGCAGCUGGUUCCUCUUGCCAGACACUGGGAAUGGAGGGAGUCAGCCAGAUGGUGGUAGCCAAGUGCAGAGUCUGUCAGGAUCCAUGCUUUUGCCUGCCUUUGCCUUCGCCCGAGCGAGUAGUCGCACUGUGUCUUUCCUCCCAGGGUGAAAGACCACUCCAGGAGGAAAGAAACACCCCACCCUAGUGGU